AGGACGAGGAGGAUGGAGGCGCUGCACGUCUGGAGGGCCGUCGUUCUGAUGCAGAUGUUCAUCACAGUCCAGGCUGCAGGAGGUCAGACCCAGGGCUCUGCUGAGUUCCUGCCCGAGUUCGGCCUCUCUCCUCUGGGCAGUUUGCCGGACGACUCCCCUGAGGACCAGAGCCCGACGUCCAGACACGACGACCAGGUCUCCAGGUUCACACGCUCGGACGUGUUGGACGCGGCCUCGUCCCGGGACGGUGGGUGGGACGCCUGGGGUUCCUGGAGCGACUGUUCUCGUACCUGUGGGGGCGGGGCUUCGUACUCUCUGCGACGCUGCCUGGACUCUGGAAACUGUGACGGGAGGAACAUUCGGUACAGAACCUGCAGCACCGCGGACUGCCCUCUAGAGGCGGGUGAUUUCCGCGCUCAGCAGUGCUCGGCCCACAACGACGUGAAGCUCGACGGCGUGUCGCACGAGUGGGUGGCGGCGCCCUACGACCCCUCCGCCCCCUGCGCCCUCCGCUGCCGGGCCAAAGGCGGGACCCUCACUGUGGAGCUGGCCCCCAAAGUGCUGGACGGGACGCGCUGUCGGGACGACGCCCCGGACAUGUGCAUCAACGGAGUGUGUCAGGAGGUGGGCUGUGACCGUCAGCUCGGGAGCAGGGUCAAAGAGGACAACUGUGGAGUGUGUGGAGGAGACGGAAGCACGUGCCGCUUGGUCCGAGGGCAGGCUUCAGUCCACCUGUCCCCCCCAGGUCCAGCUGUGAAGAGCGUCGUGGAGGUGCCGAUGGGGAGUCGCUUUCUCAGAGUCAGCACCAAAGGACCGGCCACAAUGAUUAUCGAAUGGGCGUCUGACCGAGGAAGGAGGGAGGAGGCAGCCCUAGCGUCCUCCGGCUCGUUCUCUUUAGGAAACACGUCGCUGGACUUCCAAAGCGGCGUGGACCGGCAGACGCUCAAGUCCCAGUCCCCCCUCGGCUCAGACUACAUUAUUAAGAUGAAGUACGGUGGCCCAGAGGACACAGUGGUGCAGUUCCUGUUUUAUCAGCCAAUCAGGUUCCAGUGGAGGGAGACGGACUUCUUCCCCUGCUCCAUCACGUGUGGAGGAGGAUACCAGCUAAACUCCGCCGAGUGCGUGGACAUCAGGACGAACCAGAGCGUCCCAGAAGAACACUGCACCAGCUUCACCGAGAACACCAAACCCACGCCCCGACUGAGAGAGUGCAGCCCGGACCCCUGCCCCGACAGCGACGGAUUCAAAGAGGUGAUGCUCUACGAUCACUACCAGCCCCUCCCCCGGUGGGAGUCAGGUCCGUGGACGCGCUGCUCCGUUUCCUGUGGCGACUCGGGCGGGUGGCAGGACCGCAGUGUGCAGUGUGUGGAGGAGGACACCAGGGGGCAGCUGUCUCCGCUCGAGGACUGGAGGUGUGGCCACUCCCCUCGACCAAUCACGCGACAGAUCUGCAACGCCUUCGCCUGUCCACAGUGGGUCGCUAUGGAGUGGUCCCAGUGCACAGUGACUUGCGGUCGAGGCUUGCGGUAUCGUGUAGUUCUCUGCAUCGACCACCGGGGGCAGCACGUCGGAGGCUGCGAUUCUUCGACCAAACCUCACGUAAAAGAAGAAACGUGCCUGGUGCCCAUCGCCUGCCACAAACCAAGAGAGCCUGUUCCCGUCGAAGAGAAGGAGGCGUGGUCAAAACAAGCCCAAGGUUUAGAAGAGCCGCACGUGGCCACAGAGGAGCCCACGUUUGUCCCGGGGCCGUGGUCUCGCUGCAGCGCCCCCUGUGGUCCUGGAGUGCAGACGCGGGAGCUCAAGUGUCAGGUGCUUCUGUUCUUCACGAAAACAGAGGUGGACCUCCCAGAGGAGGAGUGCGGAGGAGAGCGCCCCCAGAGGCAGAGAGCGUGCACUCUGGGCCCCUGCUCCAGGACGGGGGCCUCUCAGGGGCCGCUCCACCCCAGGACGGAGCUCCACACCUGGGACUACAGAGGCUUCAGCGACUGCUCCGCCUCCUGCGCCACAGGUAAACAGAGCGCCGUGGUGAAGUGCGUUGACCACACUCUGGACACUGAGGUGGACGACUCUCUGUGCGACGCCUCGUCUAAACCUCCGGCCCUGACCCGCACCUGCAGCCCCCAGCCCUGCCCCCCCAGGUGGGAGGUCAGCGAGUGGACGUCCUGCUCCUCGUCCUGCGGCGUGGGCAUUCAGACUCGGACCGUGUUCUGCAUGAGGCUGGUGUCCGUGGACCUCGGGGACGUCCUCACCGUCUCCGAGGACCAGUGCAGAGACAUGAAGCCCCCCGUCCUCCGGCCCUGCAACCAACACGACUGUCCCCCCGCCUGGGACACCGGGCCCUGGGAACAGUGCUCCCAGUCGUGCGGCGGCGGUUUGCAGUUUCGAAAGGUCUUCUGUAAACAGCUGCUGUCCACCGGGGCCUACAGGACGGCGAGGGGGUGCGGAGACGACGCCCCCAACAGCACACGCUCCUGCGCCAACACGGACUGCGCCCCCUACAUCAGCGGAGGGGAAUGGAGCAGGUGCUCCGUGUCGUGCGGUCUGGGCGUCCAGCGCAGAGAGCCUCAGUGUCUUCAGCUCUCGUCCUCGGCUCAGGUCCUGUCUCUGUCCUGGGACAAGUGCAGUGGACUGUCCUCUCCUCCGCUCAUACGGGCCUGUCGCAUGAUGCCCUGUCCAAAGCCAAAGAAGGUGAUGCAGCUCUCGUACCCGCCGCAUUCUCAGGUGAAGCGUUGCCCGUUCAUACAGUCCCGUCACGCCGUGUACGUCCAAACCCGACACGUGCGGCGCCUCCAGCUCACCAUCGGGGGGCACUCUUACCUCCUGCCCCGCACUUCUCUGAUCGUCCGCUGUCCCGUGAAGAAGUUCCCCAAAGCGUCCGUCGUCUGGUACAAAGACAGGACCAGGAUUAACGGCUCUGUGUGGAUCAACAGGUCUGGAGCGCUGAAGAUCCAACACCUGGGCCCCGAGCACGUGGGCGUGUACAGGUGUGAGGCAGGCCCCGCCUCCGAGAUCUUUACUCUGCAGCUGAUUGGUCCAGACAGCAGGACACGUGUGAAAGCUCCGUCUCCGUCUCCGCGGCCCCCGUCUCCGAGUUGGGACGACUUCCGGCUGAGCUGCCGCACACACUGGACACACUGGUCCUGGGUCAGUGUCCCCGUGGUGCUGCUGCCCCCUGGAGUCCAGGACGUGUCACUGCAGCCGCAGGUGAAGGACAGACUGAUCAAAAUCACGCUGCACGCCGACGCCAACAAGCUGAGGACUGAGCGCGCGGCGGACGAAGCGGCUAAACUCAUCGCCUCAAUGCUCACGGACACGCCGCCCUCUCUGGUCUGGAGGAGAACUGCAGAUGAGCCUCCGUCCAUCUCUGUGUCCUUGAGGAACAUCACGUGCCGCGAAGUCGUCCUGGGGCGGAGCGUCAGAGCCACCGUGGGCGCUACCGUCAGUGUCCAUCAGGGGGCCAACCUCACCCUGGACUGCCCCGCCUCAGAGUCCUCGUCAAACUGGUCGGAGUCGUCCACGGUGGAGCUGGUCCUGGGUAAACCUCUGAUAGUCCGACCGCAGCGGAGAGUUCCCUGGAUUCUACAGAAGAACUUAAACAUCUCCAUCGGACAAAACGCUCUCCUGACCAACACCACGCGCUCCCUCACGCUGCUGUGUCCUGCUCGGGGACUCCCAAGGCCAAAGGUCGUGUGGAGCAAAGACGGAAGCCUCCUGCGACGGAACAGCAGAGUUCGGUGGGACAGCGACGUCCUCCGCAUCGUCCAGCCCCGAGCGUCUGACCAGGGACAGUACAAAUGCAUCUGCAGCAACGUCCACGGGUCAGACUCUGAGACGUCUCUGCUCCGGGCGGCGGAGCCUCCGUCCAUCUCUGUGUCCUGGAGGAACAUCACGGACCGCGGCGUCGUCCUGGGGCGGAGCGUCAGAGCCACCGUGGGCGCUACCGUCAGUGUCCAGCAGGGGGCCAACCUCACCCUGGACUGCCCCGCCUCAGGCGUCCCUGAGCCCGCAGUGACCUGGCUGAGGAGGGGUCGUCCUCUGCCCCUUGGCGCUGUGCCCCUCCCCUCUGGGUCUCUCUGGAUCAUAAACGUGUCCGUGUCAGAUCUGGGCGUUUACUCGUGUCUCGCCAACAACUCCAUCGGAAAAGCCAUCGCCUCCACCGCCCUGCAGGUCGAGACGCCGCCGCCAGCCCACGUCUCUGAGUCCUUUGGGAGUGAGUCCUUUGGGAGUGAGUCCUUUGGGAGUGAGUCCUUUGGGAGUGAGUCCUUUGGGAGUGAGUCCUUUGGAAGUGAGUCUUUUGGGAGUGAGUCCUUCGGGAGCCGGAGCCGCUCGGUCGCGUCCCAGGAGCUGAACCAGAGGCGGCUCCUGAUGGCGUCCAGUCGAGGGACCAGCGUCCACGUCCGUCCUGGGGAGGUCCUCAGGAUAGGCUGUCCAGUCGUCCCUCAUCACUCCAUCCCUGUGCGCUGGUCCUUUAACAACCAGAGUCUGGAGGAGGGGCCUCAUCAGACCCACCACACCCCCACCUCUGCCCCUCGGUACAGGGUUCUGGCCGGAGGGAGGGCCCUGGAGGUCAGCACGGUCCAGGUCCAGUUCUCGGGGCGGUACCAGUGUGAGACGGUCCUGAGCGCCGGACGCCAGCCCCUCACCGCCUGGAUCUACGUCCACGCUCAAGAGUACGGCUGGCGUCUGGGGGACUGGACGACCUGCAGCGAGUCGUGCGGCGGCGGAGGGACUCGCCUGAGGAGGGUCAGCUGUGUGUCCGUCCUGGGUAAAGACGCGCCCCUGUCCAUGUGCCGACACCGCCCCAAACCCCUCAGCUCCCCCGUCCCCUGCAACGCCCAGGACUGUCCCCCCAGGUGGGUGGUGUCAGACUGGUCUAAGUGCUCCUCCUCCUCCUCCUCCUCCUCCUCGUGUGGGGCGGGGCUUAAGCACAGACAGGUGGUGUGUCAGCAGCUGGACGCCCGCGGCUCCACCCGGACCCUCCCGUCCCGCUCCUGCGACGAGCCCCGCCCAGAACAAACACACAACUGCACCGCCCACAACUGCCCCGUGUGGGUCACGGGCCCCUGGGGGAAGUGCUCGGGCCGCUGUCUGAGCCCCUCCUCCACUGUCCAGAAGAGGUCUGUCCUGUGUCAGCACCUGAACGGGACGGCCCACUCGGACUGUGACCAGAGCAGCAGACCCCCGGCGGUGCGUGACUGCUCCUCUGACCUGUGCAGCGUGCAGUGGCGCCCCGGGCCAUGGGGGGGCUGUAGCGCGCCCUGUGGCGGCGGGUUUCGUUCUCGCAGAGUGGACUGUGUGCACCUCCGCACGGGACGGACCCUCGCCCAGCAGCACUGCGCCUGGAUACAGAGACCCCCGACCUGGCAACCCUGCUCCUCCGACUCCAGCGACUGCACCGCACAGAGUGACUGCACACACAGCUCUCAGUUCUGCAGUGUGGCCUGGAGGCUCCUGUGCCACUCGCUCGUCUAUAAACACAGAUGCUGCUCGUCGUGUUCACAGCGCGUGGACUCCCCCUAGUGACGCCCGGAGGAACUGCACCGCCUUUAAUGAACUGAAGGACUGAGACGCCUCCGGGACGAGCAGAUGGACUGAGUGUGGGACGGUUUUGGUUUGGACCUGAGACGUGAACCAAGAAAGACCAGGGCUGUGUCCGAAUGUCCACGCUGUGUCCUACAGGGGGCGCUGUGUAGGUUUUAGUGUUAGUGGCGUCGUAUGAGCCGCAGGUGAAAACACGACGUAAUG